AUGACCCCAAGAGACAUGCAUCAACUCCUCUUGACUGAGAUGCAAGAGGAGAUUCUAGUUCUGGAAGUUGAUAUGUUUAAUGAUUUGUCUGACAAACUGUACCCUUGCCAUCCGAAGUGGUCGAAUUUCUGUGCAUAUCUGGAUGUGUUCGCGCCAGUGCCACACGAUGCAGUGGAAAAGGGAUUAUUUGAGGUUGGGAAAGAGCUACGUGCAAAGGGGCACAUACAGACAGGAUGUUAUGACAAACUCAAAAAAUGUCUCAAACAUAUGCAAGAUCUUAGGAAUAUCGUGGAGACAUGCGAAAACAAAAUAAAGGAUAAACGGAAGGAACACACAGGAAACCUCGGUGGUAAUAUUACAAUCAAUGUAUUUAAUCGAUCACCCCGGAUACCAGAGGGACAGACGGCCGUCCUAAUGUGUUCGGUCAACCCACAAGUUUCUUCCAUUAAUUGGUUGAAGGGAUCACCGGAACCUGUGGAAGAUAUUGUUAUAGACAACUUGAAAUACAUCGCUGGCAAUCCUUGGUCUCCGGCACUUGUUAUUAUGAAUACUGACCGAAGAUCUGAUGAGUCUAAUUACUGCUUAAUCGCAACCGCAAAGGACAAUCGAGUUGAAAAGAAAAGUGAAACCAUCCAUCUGUAUGUCGUCGACAAGAUGAUCCAAGAUCAUACUCCAGUGAGUUCCAUCCAAAAUACAACUGAUCAGAAUGUGACUGCACACUUCCGGAAAAGAAGAAUAAGCGAGGUUACAACUGAUAUUGAAUCAGAACCUGAUGAGCCACAAACGCGGAGACCUCGUACAGACCGUGACGCCAACGUAGCAUUUCUGAUAGAAAAUAACAUCGAUACUACACGACAAGAAUCUAAAGAGGAUAUCCGCAAACACCUGGAGACACAUACACAAGAGCCAGGUCGAAUAAAUAGUCCGGAACUCUUGGAACAUUGCAUUCUUGUCUCCGUCGAUAUAAAAGGAGCUUCGUCACCAACAGAACCGUCUGCCUUGUGCUUAGCAGAGCGUGUCAAGUCAUUUUUACGGGCAGGAGACAUUCGAUUGUCAGACGAUGCAAACACCAAAUUGAAGAUUAAAACCGAAGAUAUCAGAAUGACCAUCAAAAACCGAACCACUGACGGAUGUCCUAUUGUAAGCAUAAGUCAAGCUGAAUACUAUGCUGAUGAAGGAACAAUGUUAGUGAUGCAUUGUGCGGUCCUGGCCUGUCCCCCCGCGACGUCUGUGAGAUGGGUGAGGAUACGAUACGGGGAGGAGGAGGAGCUUGAUAUAGACAACGACAAGUACUUAGGAGGGGGUGUCCUCAGCCCCUCCCUAGUUAUCACUAACGUCAAUUAUACCGACGAAGGAUACUAUAGGUGUUACGCCACAAGUAGUGAGGGCGAAGGAAAGAGCAAUACAACUUGGUUGGAAUCAAAUAGUGAUUAUACGGAUCUCUCCACCUUUCUUCAUCAAAAUGGUCAUGAGAAAGUAGACAGCAGUGCGGUCAGAUGUAUCAAAACUUACUUGGCAUCAAACAGAACGUCCGGGGAUGAUGUAUCCCUUCUAAGGAUCGCGAUAGACAACAACAGUAGAGACUUACUGCGUUAUAUCAUUUCCACGGAACCGGAAGUGUUAUCCAGUUGUAACGUCGACGGAUGUGACGCUCUUCAUUACUGCUGCCAGUACGGAACGCUGCCAUUGUUUAAGUUGCUUAUCAAAAGCGGCAUGAAGGCGGAGAGUACAACAUCUAACGGAUCGACGUGUCUCAUUAUGGCGACACUCAAUAGAAGUAGACAAAAACUUCAGUACGUUAUAGAAAACUUUCCCGAACAGCUAAAUGUUGUGAACAGUGAUGGAAUGAAUUGUUUAUUGAUGAGCUGUGUGAGGGACAAUAUUCACAUCUUUGAACUCCUAGUGAAAACUGGAAUUUCACUCGAGCACAGAGACAAAACAGAUAACACCUGUUUGAUGACUGCAAUAGCGUAUCGUAACAACUGUUUAGCUCGCUUUAUAGUGGAGAACUACCCAAAACAUCUUUACGGCAGUGAUGAAUCGAAUGCUCUGAUGCUUUGUUGCAGAGUAGGAAACAUAGAAAUGUUUAAAUUUCUCAUCGUCACAUGGAUGGACUCUGACCCAAUAUUUGAAAAAGGAAUGACAAGUUUGAUGGUGGCUGUGAGGCACAAACAGAGACGAAUCGCAAAAUACAUCGCUGCAGUCCUUCAAAAUCAAUUGCAUCUACGUAACGACGAUGGUUGGGAUGCACUUCUGUUUUGUAGCAUGUAUGGAGACAUUGAACUUUUUGACUUCUUGAUCAAACAGGGCAUGAAUCCUCAUACGCAAACACAAGACGGGUUAUCAUGUCUGAUGAGCGCUGUACGUAACAGGCAGCUAGAAAUAACGAGACAUAUCAUAAACACCUACCCUGAACAACUUCAUCAAAGUGACCAAAAGGGUAUGAAUGUACUACACUAUUGUUGUCAAGCUGGAGACAUAAAGUUAUUCCGUUACCUUGUUGAAAAGGGACUGACACCUGACACAGGUACAUUUGAUGGAUCCACCUGUCUGAUGAUUGCUGUAGCGAACAAACAAUUAGAUCUAGCACAACAUCUUGUGGAUAAAUAUUCAGAACAGCUUGAACAACGAGACCAGAACGGUUGGAAUGUACUGCUAUACUGUAGUAAAGCUGGCGACCAGAAGAUAUUUGAUUAUCUUGUCGCAAAAGGAGUAAAGCCUGAUACAUGUGCAAGUAAUGGUUCGACAUGUCUGAUGAUCUCCGUACUGAACAAAGAGUUUGAUCUAACAAAACAUAUCGUGGAUAAAUACCCAGAACAACUUGAACAAAUAGAUCAGAAAGGUUGGGAUGUACUGCUCUGCUGUUGUAAAGCUGGAGACGUCAGGAUAUUUGAUUACCUUGUUGGGAAAGGAGUAAAACCUGACGCACGUUCCUCUGACGGAUUGACAAGUCUGAUAAUCGCUGUACUUAACAAACAUUUUGAUCUUACUCGAUGUAUGGUUGAUAAAUACCCAGAACAACUGGAACUACAAAGCCUGAAUGGCUGUGCUGUGCUGCUAUGGUGUUUUUUAGCUGGAGAUUUAAGAACAUUGGAUUACCUUCUUAGAGAAGGAGUAAAACCUGACACGUGUACUACUGAUAGAUUAAUAUGUCUGAUUGUCGCUAUUUUGAACAACCAAUUUGGCCUUAUUCGACAAAUCGUUGAUAAGUAUCCCGAACUACUUGAACAACGAAAACACACAGGCUGCUAUUUACUGCUGUGCUGUUGUGAAGCUGGAGACGUCACUACAUUUGAUUACCUCAUUGGAAAAGGAGUAAAACCUGAUGGACGUUUCUCUGAUGGAUUGACAUGCCUGAUGAUUGCCACAAUGAACAAACAUUUUGAUCUCAUCCGACACAUCGUGGACAAAUACCCAGAACAGCUGGAACAACGAGACAAAACAGGUUUUGAUGUACUGCUCUGUUGUUGUCAAGGUGGAGACGUCAGGAUAUUUGAUUACCUUGUCGGAAAUGGAGUAAAAACUGUCACACGUUCCUCUGAUGGAUCGACAUGUCUGAUGAUUGCUUCAUUGCACAAACAUUUUGAUCUUACCCGACACAUCGUGGACAAAUACCCAGAACAGCUGGAACAGCAAAACAAGAACGGUGAUGAUGCACUGUUCUACAGUUGUCUAAGUGGAGACGUCAGGAUAUUUGAUUACAUUGUUGGAAAAGGAGGUAAUCCUGACACACGUUCUUCUGGUGGAUCGACAUGGCUGAUUAUUGCUACAAAAUGCAAAUAUAUUGAUCUCAUCCGACACAUUGUGGACAAAUACCCAGAACAGCUGGAACAGCAAAACAAGAACGGUGAUGAUGCACUGUUCUACAGUUGUCUAAGUGGAGACGUCAGGAUAUUUGAUUACAUUGAUGGAAACGGAAGUAAUCCUGACCCACGUUCUUCUGGUGGAAUGACAUGGCUGAUUAUUUCUACAAAAUGCAAAUAUAUUGAUCUCAUUCGACACAUUGUGGACAAAUACCCAGAACAGCUGGAACAACGAAACAAGAACGUUGAAGAUGCACUGUUCUACAGUUGUAAAAGUGGAGACGUCAGGAUAUUUGAUUACCUUGUUGGAAAAGGAGGUAAUCCUGACACACGUUCUUCUGAUGGAUUAACAUGUCUGAUGAUUGCUAUAAAAUGCAAACAUAUUGAUCUCAUCCGACAUGUCGUUGAUAAAUACCCAGAACAGCUUGAACAACGAGACAAAACAGGUUUUGAUGUACUGUUCUGUUGUUGUCAAGGUGGAGACGUCAGGAUAUUUGAUUACCUUGUCGGAAAUGGAGUAAAACCUGUCACACGUUCCUCUGAUGGAUUGACAUGUCUGAUGAUUGCUUCAUUGCACAAACAUUUUGAUCUUACUCGACACAUCGUGGACAAAUACCCAGAACAGCUGGAACAACGAAACAAGUAUGGUGAUGAUGCACUGUUCUACAGUUGUCUAAGUGGAGACGUCAGGAUAUUUGAUUACAUUGUUGGAAAAGGAGGUAAUCCUGACACACGUUCUUAUGGCGGAUUGACAUAUCUGAUUAUUGCUACAAAAUACAAAUAUAUUGAUCUCAUCCGACACAUUGUGGACAAAUACCCAGAACAGCUGGAACAACGAGACAAAACAGGUUUUGAUGUACUGCUCUGUUGUUGUCAAGGUGGAGACGUCAGGAUAUUUGAUUAUCUUGUUGGAAAAGGAGUAAAGCCUGACGGAUGUUCUUCUGACGGAUCGACAUGCCUGAUGAUUGCUGCAAUGAACAAACAUUUUGAUCUAACCCGACACAUCGUGGACAAAUACCCAGAACAGCUGGAACAACGAGACAAAACAGGUUUUGAUGUACUGCUCUGUUGUUGUCAAGGUGGAGACGUCAGGAUAUUUGAUUAUCUUGUUGGAAAAGGAGUAAAGCCUGACGGACGUUCUUCUGACGGAUCGACAUGCCUGAUGAUUGCUGCAAUGAACAAACAUUUUGAUCUAACACGACACAUUGUGGACAAAUACCCAGAACAGCUGGAACAGCAAAACAAGAACGGUGUUGAUGCACUGGUCUACAGUUGUCUAGGUGGAGACGUCAGGAUAUUUGAUUAUCUUGUUGGAAAAGGAGUAAAACCUGACGGACGUUCUUCUGACGGAUCGACAUGCCUGAUGAUUGCUGCAAUGAACAAACAUUUUGAUCUAACACGACACAUUGUGGACAAAUACCCAGAACAGCUGGAACAGCAAAACAAGAACGGUGUUGAUGCACUGGUCUACAGUUGUCUAGGUGGAGACGUCAGGAUAUUUGAUUAUCUUGUUGGAAAAGGAGUAAAACCUGACAGACGUUCCUCUGAUGGAUUGACAUGUCUGAUGAUUGCUACAAAAUGCAAACAUAUUGAUCUCAUCCGACACAUUGUGGACAAAUACCCAGAACAGCUGGAACAACGAGACAAAACAGGUUUUGAUGUACUGCUCUGUUGUUGUCAAGGUGGAGACGUCAGGAUAUUUGAUUAUCUUGUUGGAAAAGGAGUAAAGCCUGACGGACGUUCUUCUGACGGAUCGACAUGCCUGAUGAUUGCUGCAAUGAACAAACAUUUUGAUCUAACACGACACAUUGUGGACAAAUACCCAGAACAGCUGGAACAACGAGACAAAACAGGUUUUGAUGUACUGCUCUGUUGUUGUCAAGGUGGAGACGUCAGGAUAUUUGAUUAUCUUGUUGGAAAAGGAGUAAAGCCUGACGGAUGUUCUUCUGACGGAUCGACAUGCCUGAUGAUUGCUGCAAUGAACAAACAUUUUGAUCUAACCCGACACAUUGUGGACAAAUACCCAGAACAGCUGGAACAACGAGACAAAACAGGUUUUGAUGUACUGCUCUGUUGUUGUCAAGGUGGAGACGUCAGGAUAUUUGAUUAUCUUGUUGGAAAAGGAGUAAAGCCUGACGGAUGUUCUUCUGACGGAUCGACAUGCCUGAUGAUUGCUGCAAUGAACAAACAUUUUGAUCUAACCCGACACAUUGUGGACAAAUACCCAGAACAGCUGGAACAACGAGACAAAACAGGUUUUGAUGUACUGCUCUGUUGUUGUCAAGGUGGAGACGUCAGGAUAUUUGAUUAUCUUGUUGGAAAAGGAGUAAAACCUGACAGACGUUCCUCUGAUGGAUUGACAUGUCUGAUGAUUGCUACAAAAUGCAAACAUAUUGAUCUCAUCCGACACAUUGUGGACAAAUACCCAGAACAGCUGGAACAACGAGACAAAACAGGUUUUGAUGUACUGCUCUGUUGUUGUCAAGGUGGAGACGUCAGGAUAUUUGAUUAUCUUGUUGGAAAAGGAGUAAAGCCUGACGGAUGUUCUUCUGACGGAUCGACAUGCCUGAUGAUUGCUGCAAUGAACAAACAUUUUGAUCUAACCCGACACAUCGUGGACAAAUACCCAGAACAGCUGGAACAACGAGACAAAACAGGUUUUGAUGUACUGCUCUGUUGUUGUCAAGGUGGAGACGUCAGGAUAUUUGAUUAUCUUGUUGGAAAAGGAGUAAAACCUGACGGACGUUCUUCUGAUGGAUUGACAUGUCUGAUGAUUGCUUCAAUGCAGAAACAUUUUGAUCUAACCCGACACAUCGUGGACAAAUACCCACAACAACUGGAACAACGAGACAAGAACGGUGUUGAUGCACUGGUCUACAGUUGUAAAAGUGGAGACGUCAGGAUAUUUGAUUACAUUGAUGGAAAAGGAGUAAAACCUGAUGGACAUUCCUCUGAUGGAUUGACAUACCUGAUGAUUGCUGCAAUGAACAAACAGUUUGAUCUAACCCGACACAUCGUGGACAAAUACCCAGAACAGCUGGAACAACGAGACAAGAACGGUGUUGAUGCACUGGUGUACAGUUGUAAAAGUGGAGACGUCAGGAUAUUUGAUUACAUUGAUGGAAAAGGAGUAAAACCUGAUGGACAUUCCUCUGAUGGAUUAACAUGUCUGAUGAUUGCUGCAAUGAACAAACAGUUUGAUCUUACCCGACACAUCGUGGACAAAUACCCAGAACAGCUGGAACAACGAGAUAAGAACGGUGUUGAUGCACUGGUCUACAGUUGUCAAGGUGGAGACGUCAGGAUAUUUGAUUAUCUUGUUGGAAAAGGAGUAAAGCCUGACGGAUGUUCUUCUGACGGAUCGACAUGCCUGAUGAUUGCUGCAAUGAACAAACAUUUUGAUCUAACACGACACAUUGUGGACAAAUACCCAGAACAGCUGAAACAGCAAAACAAGAACGGUGUUGAUGCACUGGUCUACAGUUAUCUAGGUGGAGACGUCAGGAUAUUUGAUUACCUUGUUGGAAAAGGAGUAAAAACUGAUGUACGUUCCUCUGAUGGAUUGACAUGUCUGAUGAUUGCUUCAAUGAACAAUCAUUUUGAUCUUACACGACAUGUGGUGGACAGAUACCCAGAACAGGUGGAAGAACGCGACGCGAAAGGUUUUGAUGCUCUGCUCAGCUGUUGUAUAGGUGGAGUUAUCCAGAUAUUUGAAUACCUUGUUGGAAAAGGAGUUAAAGCUGGCAUACGUUCGUUCCUCUGACGGAUUGACAUGCCUGAUGGUCUCUGUAUUGAAGAAACACUAUGAUCUAACCAAACAUGUCGUGGACAAAUACCCAGGACAGCUUCAACAACGAGACCCGAACGGUCUUGAUGUACUGCUCAACUGUUGUGUUGUUGGAGACGUCAGCAUAUUUGAUUACUUGGUUGGAAAAGGAGUUAAUCCUAACACACAAUCAAAUGAUGGAUUGACAUGUCUGAAGAUCGCUAUACUUAACAAACAGUUUGAUCUUACCCGACAUAUCAGAGAUAAAUACCCAGAACAGCUGGAACAACAAAGCAUGGAAAUUUGAUUUUCGCCGCUGAGCUGGUUUGAAGCUAGAUUGUUCCGGGCAUUGGAUUUCCUUGUUCGAAAAUAGUCAAACCUGACUCACGAUCCAAUGACGGAUUCACAUUUCUGAUGAUCGCUGCCCUGAACAAUUUUGUUUGAUCUUACCUGGCAUAUUGUGGAGAAAUACCAAGAACAUCUGGAACAACGAGACAAUACAGUUUGGAAUGUACUAUUCUACAGUUGUCAAGCUGGAGACGUCAGGAUAGUUGAUUAUCUAGUCGAAAAAGGGGGCCAAUCCUUAUUCACUUAUUUCAUAAUGGAACUACGUGUCUGAAGGUCGCUUAACUAAUCAAACACUUAUAUCUCAACCGACAUAUCUGGAGAUAUUUGAGUAUUUGUUAAGAGUUUGCUUUUCAAUUAUUGUAAACCUGUAGACAUAAGGAGAUUUGAUUAUCUCGUCGAGAAAAUACGACAUUCUUUAUUGAUACCCCUGAUGAUGUAAAACAACAUGUCGCAAAUAAACAGAAAUAUUGGACUUCGAAGCAGGAGUGAGUGGAAUGUACUGUACUAUUUUGGAGUCCAUUCUGGAGGUUGUUAAUUUGUCAUCAAUGAACUUAUACUGUGGAAUAUAAGAUUGAUGCUGUUAUACUGACAUCGAGGUAUUCAUUCUGGAGGAUGUCAUAGUUUUGUAGAUAAUCUAACAUUUAUAAAGUAAUACUAUGGAAUAUUAUACUGAUAUAUACAUGAUAUUGCUAUACUGUCUUCUUUCUAAAGUUUGUUAAUCUGACAUCAUUUAAACUUAUACGGUGGAAUGUAAGAUUGAUGUUGUUAUAAUGACAUCAAAGUUUUCAUUCUAAUUAUGUUAAUCUUACAUCAAUAAAACUUGUACUACAAAAUAUAACAUUAAUAAACUAAUACUAUAGAUUAUAACAUUGAUAUUGUUAUACUGAUUUCAAGAUAUUCUUUCUGAAGGAUAUCAUAGUUUU